AGAUUGAAAAUGACAAGUUGUAUGCUAGAAAGACAUACAAUUUGUGGAUUUAAAAAAUAUAAGGGACUUUAAAUGUGUUCCAGUUGGCUUUUAGUACUAAACAAAUGUCCAUUUUAUUUCUGUAUCAAUCUUUAGAUGCAUUUAUUUUUUGUAGGUACGUUCUAAUAAGUAUGGGGAUUAUAUCUUUGGGACUCAAGUUCAUCUUUGCCAAUGUGCUGAUUAUAUUAUAUAUAGCCUAUGGCCCAGGGCUUCUUGAUAUCCAGCCUCAGAAAUAUACUGUGGAAUUACCAAAAAGGUUUGAAGGAGUUUUGAAACAAAAUGAUGAUUUAAAUCAAGCAGAAAUUCUUUAUCAGGGAAAAAUUUCUGGACCUGAAUCACUUGCAUUGUAUAAAGGAGACAUAUAUACUGGAACAGCUGAUGGAAAUAUUGUCAAAAUUUCCAAGGACAAGGUAUCUGUUGUGGCUAAAACUGGAAAAAACUGUGAGCAACACUUGGAAAGCCCAAUCUGUGGAAGACCUCUUGGGCUGAGAUUUGAUAAAAAAGGAAACUUGUAUGUUGCUGAUGCAUAUUAUGGGAUUUUGAUGGUCAACAUCGACUCAGGUUCUGUAGAAACACUUUUACCAAUGUCUACUGAAGUGGAAGGUAAAACCCUAAAGUUUCCUGAUGACCUAGAUAUAGAUGAAGAACAAGGAAUAAUUUACUUCUCUGAUGGCAGUACUAAAUGGCCUUUUAAUAGAAUAGCUUAUCUUCUAUUAGAGCACAGCAAUUGUGGUCGAGUGAUAUCUUUUAACCUUCAAACAAAAGAAACCAAAGUUGUUGCAGAUGGCUUGUACUUUUCAAAUGGUAUUCAGCUUACUCCUGAUAAAUCUGCAUUACUAAUUGCAGAAUGGGGCAAUCGAAGAAUUUUGAAACUUCCCUUGAAAGGUCUUAAGAAAGAGAAACCAGAGGUAUUUUCUGAUAAAUUUCCAGGAGAACCUGAUAACAUUCGUCCAAGUUCCAGUGGUGGUUAUUGGGUAGCUCUUAGCACAGGCCGUAAUGCUUCAUCACUGGGAAAACUUGACUACUUAGCUGAGUAUCCUCUAGUCAGAAAGAUUAUGGCCAGGUUUUCUCUCUUUGCAUCCUCAUGUCUUAACUAUGUUCUUCAGAUUUGGCCUUCACCAAUGUUGAAGGAUUUAGCAUUUAAGGCAGAGAGUUUUGCCAUGAUUUUCCAGCUCAUCCCAAAAUAUGGACUGAUACUAGAGUUGAAUUCCAAUGGAGAAAUUAUCCGUAGCAUGCAUUCUCCUGAUGGAAGUGUGCCAUUUCUGACUGAAGUUUUGGAACUUUCUGACUCUCUAUACGUAGGGUCUUUUAUUAAUCCUUUUCUUUUAAGAAUUAAACUAAAAAUGAAUUCUGUUUCUUCAUAACUAUGUUGGAAGAUGGAUAAAAACAAAAGUAUGUAAAACUAAUAUUUUGUAAUAUGUUUUGUGGGACUGUUAUGAUGCUUAAGUUUAAUAAUAAUUAUAUCUUUUGGUAAUAAUUCUCUUCUACAAUAAUAAAAUGAAUUAUGUUUACCAAAUUCUUUUAUCCAGUGGAAAAAGGAAUAUGUUAUUCAGUUAUUAAUUCUGACUUGUGUAUGAAAUACUGAAAUAAUUAUCCAAGUGACAAUAAAACCCUUUAUACGGAGGGGCAAAUAUUGUGACAAUAUUUUAUCUUUCAAUAAUAUGUGUGAAUUGUGGCUUACAAUGAUUUAGAUGUUACUUCAACAAUGAAACUUAAAUAUUCUUUAUUUAAUGGACAGUCACAAAUAGAAAGCUGUUGUUUUGUUGAUAUCAUGCCAUAUUUUUUUCUCACAAAGGAAAACUAGGAUUUUGAAAUAAUAUACAAAAACAUCACUUACUUCUCUAAAGUGAUGAAUAGGUUCAUAAAAUAUAGCAUUGGUCAAAACUUAGUUUGUGUUUUAUUGACCUGAAAAGUGGAGUGUUAUUUCAAGUUGCAACUUAAUGUGUGUUAUGUUUGAACCAAAAUUUGUCAAAUGUAUUUUUUCCCUGAAAUAUAUUUUGGUCUUAUGUUCUAUUAUGAGAUAACCAACAUUUGUUGACUUCAGUUGUUAUGGCUUCCUUAAAUUCUGAACUUGAUUAACAGAUGUGUAGACACUAGUCAGUGUUUUCACUGCUGACAUUCUGAAAUUACAUCAAGCUACAUAUAUAUAUCACCCCUGUGCUAAAAAGAAUUAUUUUAAUUUCUUGUCAUCAACAUAAUUUUCAAGCCUGUUAAACCCUAAUCUAUAAGCUCACAAGGAAAGGCACAUUUCAGUUUAUAUGAUUCCAAAUUUCAUUUGGAUUCUACAUAUAACCCAUUUGUAUUGGCUGUUUUGUUGGCAUAAUUUGUAGAAUGAAAAUUUUAGAGUUGAUUAUACUUCCUUUCAAUUUCUAAAAUAUUAAGUGUGAUUUCUUCUUGGGUACAUGCUGCUACUAUAUUAAAAAUGUUUUUGGUAGAAUGAAAGAUGUUCUUUAUUAAAUAUUUUAGCUGGCUACUUUUGGUGACCACCAUUAAUGCUAGUUUUACCCUUAAUAAUUAACAGUGUAGCAACAACUUUCUAUAAAUAUUGAAAUAUUUUUCUGUGUUGUCAAUGCAUCUUUAAAAGUAUCAUCCCUUUUGUUUGAAUUUGAUCCUCAAAUCAUUUAAUCUUAUUUCUGAUGGGAUCUACAAGCAAGUUUAACUUCAGUUUCAAGUGUUCUCUCAUGUCAAAUAAAAUAAGAAAUAUACAGGUUGCUUUAAUGACACUAUUACAGAAAGUUGAAUACCAGUGUAUUCUUGGUUGUGAUUUAUAAAAAUAGCAUCUUUACAUUUAUGUUAAUUUUCAGUGGCAGUUUAACAAAUAUUUACAAAAAUGAGGUAAUUAGUGUUCCUGUAUUUAGAAUCAUGGUAUAGUGCCUUAAACAAAACUUUUUUUUUAUAGGUAUUAACAUACGUUUUGUUAAAAUAAUCAGUAUGGGACUCUUACAUUAGCUUCUGAAAUAAAAUGUAUAGGCAUUUGGUUAUAAAAUAUCACUGCAUAAAAGGUCUUUUUAUCCCUUAAUUUAUCUUAAUAAUACUUAUAAUUUACAAAUAUGGAAGUUUGUUCCUGAAAUAUAAAAAGAAUAUAUUUAUGUAACAAUUAUGUUAAUUUGAAAAUGUCAGUUUACAUCAGAUGUUUUUUUAAUGAUGAAGUAGAUUCGAUUUAUAUCUCAGCAUAGAUUUGUUUCUUUGAUGAUGAUUGAAUGUUUUUUAUUUCGUAUAAUUAUUUUGCUGUAGAUAUGUUCUACGGUAUGUAUAGAUAAAACUGUACGUCCAAUCAGUUUAGUACAAAUGAAUUUGUGCAGCUAAUUUCAGGUGGUUAAACUGAACUUUUGCUGAUUUUUCAUUUUUUUAAUAAAGUAAUUUGUAUACUCAAUUUACUUCAUAACAAAACCUGGAUUAUUACAACAAGCACAUGUCGUUAACAAAAAAGUGUGGAUGUCUUUUUGUUAGAUGAACAUCAAAGAUCUUGUAAAAGGAAUGAAAUAAAAGAAUUUGCAACUUUAACCAUGAA